GCAGGUACAAGCCGCAUCCCCGGGCUGAGGUUGAGAAAUAAGUUCUCCUGUGGGGGACCCGGCGGAAAGAUGCCGGUGGGAACCCGGGAACUGGCUUCUUCGGGGAAAAGGACGGACCUUUAUCGCUGGAAACGGUUCACCAAGAAGCCGAAUCCCAAGCAUGGUUUUGAAUCUGAGAAUUUGGAGUACUGGACAAAGAGGGUCGAGAAGGCCUCAGAAUUUGCAGUUUCUGAAGUAUUUUCUCCAAGAAAUUCAGAUGUUCCCAGAAGACCAUUGAGCAGAAUCAUAGAUUUAGAAACAACAGAGCAACUUGUGGACCAUGAUGAAUCUCAUGAAGAAGCUCAGGAACUUCUUAAUGAUUGGAUGAAUUCAAAACUUAAAAUGGAAUUAACAAGUGAUAAAGAAGAUGAUGGAGAUGCUGUGCCCAAUGUUACUUCUUCACCAGGAGAGAAUGGUGCUGCUGAUCCUGUGAAGUAUGAAAAAUUUGAUGAUUUGUGUGGUCAUUUGGAAGAGGAAGAGGAAAGUACCACAGUUAAACAAUUUAUGGACCAUCUUCUCCAUAAAGAUGUAGUGGAUUCUGGGAUACUGGAAGAUCUUGGAAUGAAAGAAAACCAAGAAAAGAAAAAGCAGAAGGAUCCCCGUCUUACCAUGGAGAUGAGACAUAAGCAGGUAAAGGAAAAUCGUUUAAGAAGACAAAAGGAAUUAGAGCGGCAGAGGGCAGAGAAGGCCCUAAAAAAAUUAGCCCUCUUGGAAGCUCAGCAUCUGGUGCAAGAAGAGAAAAAAAGGAAGGCUUUGAAGGCCAAGAAAGAGGAAGAAGAGAUCCAGAAGGAGAUGGUAAAGUUGCGGAAACAAAUGGUUGAGAGAAGGCGCACUGUCCAGGAAGCGUGGAAAAUUGAGAGGAAGAAGCAAGAAGAAAAAUCUCAGAGACGUCUAGAAGGAGUCUCCUUCCAAAAUGCUCAAGUUUUACUGAAUGAAGAAAAAGUAGCAAAAGAAAAAAAGAAAAAACAGCAGGAGCUAUUAGUCAGGAUUAACGUGGAAAACCACCGGUGCCUUCAAAAAUAUUUCUUUGCCUGGAAAAAGGGGGUUUUCGAACACAAAUUUAAGAUGAAGAAAGCUGAGGCCAUAGCAGAUUGGAAAUGUCAGAUGAAGUUCCUACAAGCCUGGAGGGACUACACAAGAAGUCAGAAGAUGGCACGGGAGACUCAAGCCAUGGAGGCUUCUGUUAAGGAACAAGUCAGAAAACAACAAUUGGCAACAGAUUUCAACCGGACGAGAAUUCUAAGACACUACUUUACACAAUGGCAAUACUUAUAUAGAAAAGAAACUGGAAGGAGGCAGCUAGAAUUGAAAAAAGAAGAAACUCGGAAGAAAAUGGAUGAGUUGCUGAAGGCAGCAUCCCUGGGGAAACUUAGUUCAAAUGAAUCUUGUGACAUUAGAAAUGGGGAGAAAAGAAAGUCCCAAAAUUCAUCUACAAGAAAAGAGGAGGUGCCUGUGACUGUUUCCCAGGAGAAGCCUUCUGGGAGUGAUGGCUGUAUAACCAGUCCUCCUUUAUGCAAAAAACCCAAGUCUGUCUUCCAAGUACCCAUGCAACAAGCCCUUCAGAACUCACUGGAGCUCCCCCAGUCUAAGACCCCAAGUUGUGAGUCCUUGCAUCAGAUUUGCAGCAGUCAGCAAUCCAGAACUCCCAGCCAGAAACCUAUGUGCCCUUACAUGGGCCAUUUCCACAACCGCCACAUUUUCCAGCAACAAGUGAUUGAAGAGCAAAAGAAGAAACUCCAGGAACAACAGAAAAUGAUCCUUGAGCUGCAGGAAAAUCAGAGGCUAAGGGAAGCAAGAGAAGAGGCGGAGCGGGCCACGGCAGUGACUGCAGCCCUCAACCGGCUGAUGUCAAACCCCAGAGAGGAGAAGAUGAAGAAGGGGUGCCACAUCAUUCCAAAUUCACCUUGUCCGUCCUCUGGGAUUGACAGCCCUAGGACUGAUUCUCAGAGCUCCCCUUAUGCGUCCAGAAAGAAGUCAAAGCAGCUGCUAACACCUCACCCCCUUCUAAAAGCCAUGGAGGAAAGAGCUGCCCAGAGGAGUGAACGUAAGAAAAUCUUAGCAGAGAUCAAGAAAAAGCAAGAAGAAGAAAAAUUGGCUCAACUGAAGGCUCAAGAGGUGGCACGUCAGAGAAAAGAAGCAGAAGAAAAAGAGAUCCAACUUGAAAAGAGGCGAGAAGAAAAGAGACUGAAGAAAAUGAGAGAGCUAGAGAAGCAGAGGAGAGCAGAGAGGAACCAGCAGCUCCAGGCCAAGGCCAAGGACCAUUACAAGCGGGCCCUACUGCGGGGGAAGGGCCUGGAGCCCUGGAAGAGACUCCUGAGUCAGAGCAGGUACAACAUGGAGGUGGCGGAAAGUCAUUAUUGUACCACAAUUCAGAGGAAAUACCUACUGACAUGGUUCCACUAUACCCAAGAAAGCCUGGCUGAGAAAAAGGCCCAGGCAGAUAAACUUUACUCCCAGAUAUUGCUUAAGAGAGCCUUUAGGAAAUGGUUAGAGUACAAGGAUUCUCUAACUAUUGCAGAAGAAAAAGCAAGAAAACUUAGCGCUGUAUUUCUUCAGAAGAACGUUUUUAUGUCGUGGCUUAAUAUGGUCCGUGAGGAAAAGAUUGCUGCCCAGAAGAAGCUUCAGAUCGCCAUCAAGCACAGCAACAAGAGAAUUCUUUCAACCGUGUUUCAGAUAUGGAAAAAACUUCCAAAACUUAUGAAAGAAGAAAAAUUAAAGGAAGAAAGGAGGGAGGAACUCCGCAAGAAAGUAGCUGAAAUCCUUCCAGACUUCAGGACUGUGAGCUCCGUGUGAAGAUGAGCCGAAGCAGGAACGUUAGGCUCAGUCAUCUUAUAGAAGAACAACUUCUCAGUGCCAGGGAAAAAAACAUCAAUAAGUAUGGGG